GACAGUAUUGGUGAGAGGGGUGAUCCCUGUGGGGUUCCAUUAGUUACAGGUUCCAGUUCAGAGAUUAUACCAUCUACGCAGACCGCUGCUUUACGAUCUGAGAGGAAAUUCUUUACAAACUGUACUAUCUGUAAUGGUAUCCCUUUGCAUCGGAGUUCUGAGAGGAGGCGGUCAUGGUUUACAAAGUCAAAGAAACCUUUGAUGUCAAAGGUUAGUGCCGAUGUUACCAUGCCCUGA